AUGGCUCCGCUUUCGCCACAAAUACCAUCAAAUUGUGACCAAAGACUCGCUGAUAGCCAUGAAAUCAAUAACAACAUCAUUAUCGCGGCCGCAGCCAAACAGAAGUCGAGUAAUCAAUCAACAGAAAGUGAUGACAAUCUCAUUAGUCGCUCGUUUAUCAUCAAAACUUAUGCUAAAAGCAAUGUUCGUUACAUUUAUUACACGAAUAACGGAACUAUUGUCUGGAGAAAUGUGUUUCUCUUCUUCGCUCUUCAUAUGAUUUAUUUCUAUAGUUAUUACGUUUGCGUCGCAAACAAGUGUUGGUUUACUUGGAUUUUCGGCUAUUGGUGGGGAUUAGCCGGAGGUCUGGGAGUGACGGCUGGAGCGCAUAGGCUAUGGUCUCACCGUUCAUACAAAGCUAGACUUCCGCUUCGCAUACUAUUAAUGAUAUUCUUCUCAAUCGCUGGACAGAAUUCAGUCUAUGAGUGGAGUCGUGACCAUAGAGUACACCAUAAGUACAGCGAAACAGACGCCGAUCCGCACAACUCUCGGCGGGGCUUCUUCUUCGCACACGUCGGUUGGCUUCUGACCCGAAAACAUCCCGACGUUAUCGUCAAAGGCAAACAACUCGACUGCUCUGAUAUACUCAACGAUCCGGUCGUUUCGUUUCAGAAAAGAUAUUAUCCAAUAUUUUUUCUGACGUUUUGCUUCAUUUUGCCGACACUUAUUCCCGUCUACUUUUGGUCCGAGGGUUGGCUCAACGCACUCAUUGUAGGCGCUUUUUGGAGAUAUUGCACUUCAUUGCACUGUACUUGGUUUGUUAACUCAGCGGCCCAUAUGUUUGGAGACAAACCAUACAAUCCGCGAAUAGAGCCGCGAGAGAACCCAUUUGUGUCGUUCGGUGCCUUCGGUGAGGGUUUCCAUAACUAUCACCACGAGUUUCCUUUCGACUACAAGACUAGUGAAAUGGGUUGGAAGUUGAAUGUGACCACCGUUUUCAUCGAUUUCAUGGCACUCAUAGGACAGGCCUAUGAUUUGAGACAAUUGUCUCAGAAGAUGAUCGAUGAAAGGAAACUCAAAGUGGCGUCCAAUUCAUUCAAAUAGACGUUUUAGUAUUAUUUAAGUAUUUAGUAAUUUAAACAAAAUUCUUGCC